AUGAGGAAGAAGCUCGAUACCCGUUUUCCUGCUGCUCGUAUUAAAAAGAUUAUGCAAGCUGAUGAGGAUGUUGGGAAGAUAGCAUUAGCGGUGCCUGUUUUAGUUUCUAAAGCAUUGGAGUUAUUUUUGCAAGACCUUUGUGAUCGUACCUAUGAGAUAACCCUCCAAAGAGGAGCUAAAACCAUGAAUGCAGUGCAUCUAAAGCAUUGUGUACAGAGCUAUAAUGUGUUUGAUUUUCUGAGGGACAUCGUCAGCAGGGUUCCUGACUAUGGUCAUGGUCAUUCUGAUGCAGCUGGCGAGGAUCGAGCCAUUUCAAAACGAAGGAAACCACCAGGUGAUGAAUGCAUUGACAGUGAUGAAGAGUUGAAGAGGAGCAGAUGCUUGAGGUUAACCAUGGCAGCAGUAGCGGCAGAGGAAGAGCACACCACCAAACCUAAUCCAAACCCCGGAAUGGUGGUGGAUGACGCUUCUGAGUCAAAGGAGGAAAUGAAGGAAAAUGCUGUUAUCCCUGAUGAGGCUGAUCCUGCAGUUCGAAAUUUUGAUCUGAAUGCCGAUGUAAUUGAGAAUGAGGACACAAAAGCUGCAGUGACAGCCGCAGUGACAGCCGCCCAAGCAGCGACAGCUGCCCAAGCUUCAUCGACAGCUGCCCAAGCUGCAGCAACAGCAUCCCAAGCUGCAGCAACAGCAGCCCCGACCUCGUCAGCUGGACCUACUUCUGAGAUUAAACAUGAAGAAUAUCCUGGGUGGUCUCUCUCUGAUGUGGAUAAAAUGGCCAUUGACCCUCUUCAACUUGCACAUUUGAGUGGAAGGAUAGACGAGGAUGAGGAAGACUAUGACGAAGAGGGCUAA